AUGUGCCCAAACCUCAUCAUCAGCCUCAUCAUCAGCCUCAUCAUCAGCCUCAUCAUCAUCAUCAUCAGCCUCAUCAUCAUCCUCAUCAGCAUCAUCAUCAUCAGCCUCAUCAUCAUCCUCAUCAGCAUCAUCCUCAUCAUCAUCAUCAGCCUCAUCAUCAACAUCAUCAUCAGCCUCGUCAUCCUCAUCAUCAUCAGCCUCAUCAUCAUCAUCAGCCUCAUCAUCAUCAUCAUCAGCCUCGUCAUCAUCAUCAGCCUCAUCAUCAUCAUCAGCCUCAUCAUCAACAUCAUCAUCAUCAGCCUCAUCAUCAGCAUCAUCAUCAUCAUCAUCAUCAGCCUCAUCAUCAACAUCAUCAUCAGCCUCAUCAUCAUCAUCAGCCUCAUCAUCAUCAUCAUCAGCCUCAUCAUCAGGCUCAUCAUCAUCAUCAGCCUCAUCAUCAUCAUCAUCAGCCUAAUCCUCAUCAGCCUCAUCAUCAUCAUCAGCCUCAUCAUCAACAUCAUCAUCAGCCUCAUUAUCAUAAUCUGCCUCAUCAUCAUCAUCAGCCUCAUCAUCAUCAGCCUCAUCAUCAUCAUCAUCAACAUCAUCAUCAUCAGCCUUAUCAUCAUCAUCAUUAGCCUCAUCAUCAUCAGCCUCAUCAUCAUCAUCAACAUCAUCAGCCUCAUCAUCAUCAGCCUCAUCAUCAUCAGCCUAAUCAUCAACAUCAUCAUCAGCCUCAUCAUCCUCAUCGUCAUCAUCAUCAGCAGCAGCCUCAUCAUCAUCAUCAUCAGCCUCAUCAUCAACAUCAUCAUCAUCCUCAUCAUCAUCAUCAUCAGCAGCAGCCUCAUCAUCAUCAUCAUCAGCCUCAUCAUCAACAUCAUCAUCAGCCUCAUUAUCCUCAUCAGCCUCAUCAUCAUCAGCCUCAUCAUCAACAUCAUCAUCAGCCUCAUUAUCAUCAUCAGCCUCAUCAUCAUCAUCCGCCUCAUCAUCAACAUCAUCAUCAUCAGCCUCAUCCUCAUCAUCAACAUCGUCAUCAGCCUCAUCAUCAACAUCAUCAUCAGCCUCAUCAUCAACAUCAUCAUCAUCAGCCUCAUCAUCAACAUCAUCAUCAGCCUCAUCAUCAUCAUCAUCAGCCUCAUCAUCAUCAGCCUCAUCAUCAUAAUCAUCAUCAUCCUCAUAAUCAUCAGCCUCAUCUUCAUCAUCAUCAGCCUCAUUAUCCUCAUCAGCCUCAUCAUCAUCAUCAUCAGCCUCAUCAUCAUCAUCAUCAUCAUCCUCAUCAUCAUCAGCCUCAUCAUCAACAUCAUCAUCAUCAGCCUCAUCAUCAUCAGCCUCAUCCUCAUCAUCAACAUCAUCUUCAGCCUCAUCAUCAACAUCAUCAUCAUCAUCAACAUCAUCAUCAUCAGCCUCAUCAUCAUCAGCCUCAUCAUCAUCAUCAGCUUCAUCCUCAUCAUCAUCAUCAUCAUCAACAUCAUCAUCAUCAGCCUCAUCAUCAUCAGCCUCAUCAUCAUCAUCAGCCUCAUCAUCAUAAUCAUCAUCAUCUCAUAA